GCCCACAUAAGGUCAGAGGUCACUGGGUCUUCAUCAAACAUGGCGUCCUCCUUGCUGAGCAGAAGGACAACGUUAUUAGUUGGCAUUUCUAAGUUAAACUCGUUUUUACCAGCUGUCGUGCAGCAGAUAGCGAAUUAUAACCCCAGACCACUCUGGCUAAAUUUAAAAGAUCCUUUUAUACCGGAUAAAGAGAGCGAGAAGACGCCCGAGUGGCAGAAGUCAGACAAAUAUGAACGCAAACUGUUCGGCAGGUAUGGACGGGCGUCUGGAGUGGAUCCGACCAGACUUUGGCCCUCUCACGCCCGACUGGAGGAGCUGGUAGCCGAGGAGAGAGAGUGGCACCCCCCGAUGGAGGUGAUGCUACAGAAUAUCGCAGCAAGAGAGAAGGAAAGGACUGAGAGACGGAUGGAGAGGGAGAAGAUCAUCGCUGCAAACAUGGCCAAAAUGCCCAAGAUGAUCGCCGACUGGAAAAAGCAGAAACGAGAGGACAAACAGAAGCAAAAAGAGGAGAAGGUUAAACGGGACAGGCUGCUGGCUGAGGCGAGAGAACGUUUCGGGUAUGCGCUUGACCCCCGCAGCACCAAGUUCAAAGAGAUGGUGGCUGAGAUCGAGAAAGAGGAGAAGAAGAAGAGGAAACUUCUGAAACGCAGCAAGAGAGAGGAAGAACAAGGGCUGCCGACGCCAGCAGCUGAAUCCAGCCAAUAACUCUGACUGCG